UUCGCGACCGACACAUUGCUACGAGCUGGUGCGAAUAAGCUAGCAGCGGCUAACUGUCCACUUCUCCUGAGCUUUGUGGCAGCUGUCUGGUUGCAGUGAAGCGCAUGCACAGGAGCGCCAAUGGAGUGGUUCCACUGUAACAAGUGCUUCACAAAGACAGGAUCAAAGUUUGCAGUGGCCAGCUGUGGUCACAUCUGCUGUGCGGCAUGCAUUGAAUCUCAGCAGUGUAUGGUAUGUGGAGCCAGCUGCAGCUACCUGCCCAUCACAGACCAGAUGAAGCCACAGGAAAUGAUGUUUUUCAAGGAUCCCUUGAAGCUCAUCCAAUCGCGGCUGGACAACAUGUCCAUGAUUGCAGAUUUUCAGCAAACGCAAAUGGCGAGAGUGACGGCGUACUAUAAACACAAGUCAGCUGAACUGGAAAAUCGCCUAAAGGAAGUCACCAAGCAGAGUUACAGGCAACUCGCUGAGAUGAAAAGCGAGAACGCUGAUUUAAAAAGGCAAAACAUGGAGCUGAAAAGAGAGAUGGAAGAGCUGAAGAAACCUCUUUCGCAGAGGAGGGUUUCUCCGGGACAAUUUCGAACAAACGGCGUUCAAAGGGUGUCUCUCCCUGUGGCUGUCACUUCUCCAGUAACCAGUCAUUUAAGACCCAGGAGUCACUUAGGUUCAGCAGAGCCCAGAGAGUGGAUCGGAGAAAGAGGCGUCAGUCAUUCCUCCCACAGAACUCCUGGAUCAGCAACUUCUCUUUCUAGCCGCAGUUCUCUUCUUCAACACGGACACAGGACACCAACUUCUGUUAGCCCGUCUACAAGUUCUGAAAACGGGCAUCAUUAA